CCCCUCAAUUUUAUAUGACACUACCACGAGAAAUAUUAUUGCCAGAGGUGACAAGGCUGAUGAAGCGAAUGAAAAUCCGAAUAGUCUCCAAGAAGGCGUUAUUUAUGUACGCAACACCUUAAGCGAGCUCACUGACAUUUAUUUAAAAUCCAAGCAACAAUCUUUCGAUAAUACGGCACUGUACGCGCUCUUGUACGAGGAAGCUAUAGACCUUUUACAAAAAAUACUGGAGCGUUAUAAACAAAAAUUGAAUAGUGUAAAUAUGGAUUUUUAUUAUUCUUUGAAUCUUCCAUCCAGUUGGGAUUAUGAAAUAAGAGAAGAAUUGUUCCUGCCUCUAUUUGUAAAAGCUGGUCUUCUCCAUGAAAAUGAUGGUCCGGGCAGGCUGGUGUUUUGUUCAGUGUUGGAGUUAAAGUUUCAGGACAUGCAAAGAAAUAGAAACGGGUAUAAUACUAGAAACAUAAAAUAUGGUGAUCAGCGCGUUAUUUGUACAAUAGAUUAUCAAGGUACAUACUCCGUGGAUUUGGAAUUAGUAUCAGCUCAAUAUCCUGCUUUCAGAUCAGCACAAAUAAAAUUGGUGCCACAAUUGUUGAAACAGGCUCACUUUGUAAUCCCGUUUGGACUAAAGGAACUACGAUUGUCAUUAAUAUCAUGUGUGGAUAAGCAUUGUGAUACUACGUUAUUAUCCGAAUCUAUCGACGACAUGCUUGAAAAACUCAGUCGAAAGUACGAUGGAUUUAAAUAUUUCAGAAAAGCAAGUGAUGUUUUAGAUGAUCACCCAUUGCCAGACUUGAAAUCUCGCUGGACGAAUAGAUCAAUCACUUUAAAGGACAUACUUGAACAUUUUUCUGGUUUUGUUGAAAAAUUCUUUAGAAGUGAAGUAGAUAAAUUUCUUGUAGGCACAAGCAAUAUAGUACCCAGACCAUUGGACAUUUUUUACACAAGUCAAAUCCCGAAAACAUUUUUAGCUCAGGGGCUAAUCUCAUUAGUUGAUUGUUGGUCGAAAAAGUAUUUCAAGGAACUAAAAGCAUUUUACAUAUCCGCGGAACUCCAUCGUGAUUCCCCCAUAUUCGAAUUCUUUGGUUAUAUUCGCCGAAAAGAGCUAACUCAACAGCUUUUAGAAAACCGAAUGGAAGAAUUUAACGUGCACAGAAACCCAAUUAUACUACCCAAAGAAACAACAAUGGAAGAACCCAAAAGUUGCUUAAAGCCUGUUUCUUUCAUCAACAUCGACAUAUCGCCUACACAAAUCCAGACUGUUUUUACAUACCUAGAUAAAGGUAGACAAGUUGAACAGAAGCAAAAUUUUAAAUGUAAUAUGCAACCGUUGAAUUUUUUCAUCAAGCAAUCAGAAAUAUAUCAAAGACCAGUACUACAUAUACCAAAUAGACUGAAAUUAGGUUUAGAAAAGAUUUUUGGUGACUAUCUUCAAGUGUACUCAAGUUACAAAAGAAUUACGUUUAAAAGAAUAUCAGUGAAGCCAGCAUCCAAAUUACUUAGCCGGGCUUUCCGAGACAUGCGGAAGGGAAAAACUUCAAAUAAUGAUGAGACCAUAAAAUCAAGUAAAAAUCGGCUAAAGAAAAUUAGGAAUUUAUUUGCCUCCUUAGAUCCAGACCUAUUUAAAGAGCUUAUGGCAAACAUUGAAAUGGACGAUCUUUUUGUGUUGAAGGAUGAAUUUUGUGGUUCGGAUAUCAAGCCAUUUACUACAUGCCAUCCUGGUUACAUGUAUUUUUUUAUGCUCACAUAUCUGCACUGUCUCAACAAGCAAAUAGAAGAAAAAUUCGAAAGUAAUAUCGGAUCGAAUUGGAGAGCCAACAACAUUUGGUAUGGCGUCUCUAUUGAUAAAAACAUAUUGGAUACUGUAUUUGGCCCAAUAACAAAUCUGGAAAAAUUAUUCUUUGCAAGUGGAAUAUUAAGGAAGGGCGACGAACUUCGAAAAGCAAAAUUCUGCACACAUGGUGAGGAAAUUCUACCGGCCCUACAACACAAGUAUCAACAUUUGGACUUUAGGUUGAAAUCAUACUUUGUUGUUGCACAGAUACAUUCGAAGCAUAUUCAACUCAGUUUGCAUCAAGUGGUCAAACUGGCAUCACCCGGAGAAGAUCCGGCGUCCAUCAUUAUUCAGGAUGAAAUGAUACAUAUCAAUGAUGUUUAUGAUACACUUUGUAAAAGUAUUAUGAAGAGCAUACAAUUCAAUUGUCAAGUUGAGUAUUGUACUACACAUAAGAGUGAGAAAGAUAGACAAUAUAAUUUCCAAUCAUUUGAAAUAUAUAACAGUAUCUAUCGAAAUUUAAAACCAUGCGUUGUUGAACUUUUCGAAAAUAACAAAUCAAAUUUGAACGUGGAUUCCGAAAUACAGCUAAAUAUCAACACGAAAUGUGGUUGCAGAAUAAGCAUAUUUCUUCGUUAUAUUAUUGAAGUAGGCCUUAUUUCAGUGAUAGAAAGUAUAACAACAGAUAUAGUGGCUUCUUUGACCAACGAAAAGUUAUUUGGAAACUAUGUGCCGAAUUGUAUUUUUGUGUUUGGAAACCCGUUCAAUCUGGGGCAGGGUUCAGAGAUCCACAUAGCAUACACCAUGAUUAUGCAAAAAGCGAUUGAUGACGGUGUAUAUAUUAAAGAAAAAGAUACAAAGAUAUUUGUACUAAGAGAAUCUAUAAUCCAAUUGCUGGACACGUCCUCAACUGGAAAAAAUCCUUACAUGUUAGAAAGGUUUGUCACUGGAACUUUGUGCCAAGUAUCAAGCAAUACAUACAUGAUGCGGAUUUCAAGUUCAAACGGUUUGCUCCCUUUCACCCGAAUAAAUAGUGAUGGUGAUAUCAAAAAUACUACUGCAGGUGAUGGUAGUUAUAUGGUAUUUAUUCAGAAAGGGAAGCCCGUUUCAACAAAAGGGCUUAUAAUUCAAACCAAGGAAGUACCAUAUAUCAAUUUAAAAAUUUUUCAAUUAGAAAGUUCACCCAGUACUGUUCCGGACAAGUAUGCUCUAUUGCACAGCGACACUCCUGGUUAUACUUAUGGAACAAACUGCUUUAAUUUGUCACUUUAUGGUGUUGGAACAUUUGUGGUAGAAUAUGAGCAGAUUAGCAAUAAUUUAUCUAUCAAAUUAUCAAGAGGAUGCAUCGGCGAUAUUAAUGACUAUAUAGAUAAACCUUAUUACAAAAUUCGAAAUAUCAUCGAGCCAUUGACACUUGCUUACAUUUAACAUAUGACCGCUUCAAUAAACUAACAGCCGUAUCCACAAUUGACUUUAUAAAUUACUAUUUUAUUUGCGUACUUUCAUUGAAAAAAUGCCCCCUUUUACCCAGAUGCUAUUGGAAUACGUUUUGUGCAAGUGUAUAGCGUAAGGGAGUACAUUCUAACGUUUUAAAUCUGAAAUUGUUGGUAUAUAUUAUCCCACCUACACAUAUAAAUCUAUCUACACAUAAAUAACACCAUCUAUAUUUUUAUCC